CAGCAGCCGGUUGCUAAGACUUGUGAAGCGCCGCGCUCCCGCCGGUCUCCUCAGUCGCCGCCCGCAAGGAUGGAGGCCACGCCGUGGCACGCGGUGCCCGUGCUGUCCGAGAAGCAGUCCGGGGAUGUGGAGCUGGUCACCGCCUACGCCGCCCCCGUGCUCGACCCGCGCCAGACGUCCCGCCUGCUCAAGGAGGUGUCCGCGCUGCACCCGCUGCCUGCACAGACGCACCUCAAGCGGGUGCGGCCCAGCCCCGCCGCCGGCCACGCGCUGGACCUGCUGCUGUGCCUGGCCGGGGAGCCGGCCGCGGCCCCCGUGCCCUCGCUGGCCCAGCUGCUGCCCGCGCCGGCCGUGGACCCCCGCGGCCUGGGCGCCCCCUUCCUGGUGGCCGUGCCUGCGCGGCCGCCGCUCACCCGGCGCCAGUUUGAGGCGGCGCGGGCGCACUGGCCCACGUCGUUCCACGAGGACCGGCAGGUGACGCGCGCGCUGGCCGGCCAGCUCUUCUCCGCGCCCGAGCGCGCGGCGCUGCAGGCGCACAUGGAGCGCGCCGUGCGGGCGGCGCGGGGGGCGGCGGCGCGGGGCCUUCGGGCCGUGGGCGCGGUAGUGGUGGACCCUGCGGGGGGCCGCGUGCUGGCCACGGCCCACGACUGCCGCAGCGCCCACCAGCCGCUGCUGCACGCCGCCAUGGUGUGCCUGGACCUGGUGGCGCGGGGCCAGGGCCGUGGCGCCCACCAGCUGGACCUGGCGGGCCACCCGGGCUGCUCGUACGCGCCGCCGCCGAGGGCCCGCGCGGGCGCCGUGCGCAAGCUGGCCGAGGCCGAGAGCGAGGCGGACGCCGACGGCCAGGUGCCCUACGUGUGCACCGGCUACGACGUGUUCCUCACGCGCGAGCCCUGUGCCAUGUGCGCCAUGGCGCUGCUGCACUCGCGCGUGCGCCGCGUCUUCUACGGGGCCGCCUCGCCCGACGGCGCCCUGGGCACCCGCUUCCGCCUGCACGCGCGCCCCGACCUCAACCACCGCUUCCAGGUCUUCCGCGGGGUGCUGGAGGCCCAGUGCCGCGCCCUGGACCCCGACCCGUAGACGCGCCCCCGCGUCACCGAUGGCCUUCUAGAACUUCCUGUGCUGCGGCCGCCCAGGGCUGGACUCCGCCCCGGGACCCUCCCUGCCGUCGCCCUCGGACUCUGCAGCCGCCCCCCGUGCUGCGGGCUGCCAUUCUGCGGAAUUUAGGGUCACCCCCUCGCCGGCCUCCCGCCCCACAGUACCCAUCAGGGUCAGCCCCGCGGUCGUGGAGGGAUCUCGAGGCCUGUGUCCUCCCUGGGGUGCAGAGUCAGGGGACGCUCUGAUGGUGGGUGACCCUCGGCAGAAACCCAGCCGCGCCAAAGAGGAAGAAUGCGAUAGCAAUGAAAGUCGAACAUGGAGAAACAUGAAAUAAAACCCGAUCCCCAAGUCACCCCAAUGCAAGUCGCUCUGUGUGUUGUCAGAGGGGGUGGGGGGUGGGGUCCGUGUGCGUGGCAACCUGACCCCUGACCCAUGUUCUCAGGGCCCUGGGUUUGAUCCCCAGCACCACAUGGUCUCCUAAGCACCCCCAGAACACUGCCAGUUGUGCCCCCCCAAGCUGAAACUAAAAGGGUCUCUCGGGACCACCCCAUUGCCUGUUUGUGGCCCGUGGCUGAGGGGGUCCCAGCGGGAUGGGGGUGCAUCUGUCCAGCAUAGCUCAGCUGGGCACCAGGGGCCACCCUGCUCCCAGGAGCCUGUGGGACUGGUGCAGGGGACU